AUGAAUGAAAAAAAAGAAAACCAAGAAGGAAAAAAAAAAAAAUGGGAAGGAAAAUUAGACAAAAGUAGAAUAGCCUUUUUCAGCCAACUCGUUCAACUACCAUACACUCUUCAUUAUACAUAUUCAAUAGUCAUGUCUGCAGUUGUCAACAGCAUUGUUACCAAAAUCACUGGUUUAACUAACUGUGCCACAUAUUGGGCUAAAGUCGGUGGUGAAUUAGCCAAACAAGUUUACAAAGCCGAAGGUUUAAAACCACCAACAGCUAAAGAAUUUGAAACUGUUUACCAACAAGCCCUUAAAUUCAUCAAAACUCCAGCUGAACAACAAAAAUUAUUGGAACAAGCUAAAAACAUCAAACCAACUAAAGAAACCGCUUACAAAGCUGGUAUUUACGGUAUUCAAUUAUUGGCUUUCUUUUCCGUUGGUGAAGUUAUUGGUAGAAGAAGUUUGACUCCAAUUAACCCAGGUCAUUAA